AUGGUUAUUUUAAAUUCUCUGAAGAUUCUUUCUUCCGGAACAAGGCAGUCCCUUACCGUGCAAUACAAACCAAGUGAAGAGAUAAGAAAGUCUUUUAUCCUUCCCCCACUGCUGUAUGUCUAUGUGGAAAUAUUCCCAAUAUCUGAGAUAAAUGUUUUUUCUCGGGCAGAGCCACUGUACUUUAUAGACGGAUACCUUGGUGCACAAAAUGGAAAGCCAUAUAUCACUGCUUGUACGUCCGACAAGUUUAUAUCCUCGCAGUAUCAGUCCUAUACCACAGUAGAUCAAGAUCUGCAGCCAGAGCACAUAACACAGUGCAUCAACAAUAAGAUUGAUUUGCUUAUACACAGCGCCAUACGAAAGUCAGAAGCAUCUAGAUUUAAUGUAAAAGACGCCAUUUGUUUGCGAUUAGUAGUUUUUUUGAUUAAAAUAAAUCGGCUGAAAGAGGCGCAGAGAUGCAUUAAGGAGAAUAUGCCCUCGUCGUAUUCGCUCUUUAAAGUUAUUCCGUAUAUAAUAUACGAAAUGCUUCUUUUUGCCCUGCUUAAUUCAGAAGAUCCAGCAGUGAUAGAUGAUAUUGCAUACAUAUCCACUGCACUUCGCAAAAUGGAGAACAGCAAUGAGGAGGACAGAGUUAUAAAUUCAAUUUUGGUUGGACUCAGUCUGUCUGCUGCAAAAAGAACGCCAAGUAUUCUCAAUAUGUACUCACGCGUUCAGGUGUCGCCGCAUAAAUCCAGCAUAUUUUUUUAUAUGCUUUCUCUGUAUAUUGGCCCGGGAUAUAACACAAAGUAUACUCUAAUGGGCCUUGCCAUGGAUAAAAUUGGCUGUAACAUGUGCCUGCCUAGCAAGAUAGAUAGUUCUCGAAAAACAAUUCAGUCUAUAAUAUCACUAGAAAGUGAUUUAGUUACCGAUAGAACUCCCUAUGAUCUUGUUUUGGAUGAGUAUAUUCAUGCCAAAGGAUCAAUUCCAGACCCAGAAAUAUGGAUAUCCAGUGGUAUAGGGGAAUAUAUGACGCAGAACAAGGAAACAUUAUCCUGCACAAAAACAAGGUCUGUGUAUAGCAUAGACCAAAUACUUAAAGACAGAGAAAUAGAAGCGGCAGAUGAUGAAAAUUCAUUCCCAAUCACUGCAAUCUAUACAGAGGGAGACGUGCUAAUAGAAGUUAAUAACCCACAUGUACAGGUAACUGGCCUGCUUCUUAAUCGGCUGCCAUCCAAUACAACAGUUAUAUCUUGCAAUUCUAUGCAGGUUAAGCAAAAAGAAAAGCAAAUUAUUCUUCCAAUAUGCGCAUGUAAUGGAGUAUACAGAUUUUUUGUAUCUGCGUCAUGUGAAAUAGCAGAGGUACAUCUAAAGUACAAAGGGAGCGCGUAUAGCAAGGCGCUCAAUUUAUCGAUUGAAGUACUUGAAGUUCCUAUAGAUAAAAAAAUUGUGGCGCACAGGCUGUGUGUUGUGCCUGGGCACGCACGUAAAGAAAGUCAGGAGAAAAAAGAAAUAGAGGCAUAUCUGCAUAAGUUUAUAAAGGCGCCAUUUACAGUCAUGUCAUUUAAUCCACUGAAGAUACGUCUUCCUUUUGCGUAUAAUGAGAAAAUGCUAUAUACUGAGACAGCACUUGAUUGGGAGUACGUGGAAAUAAUAAAGAUUAAAGAAGAAGAGGAUACACUUAAGAUAGAGUGUCUUCAAAAGGAUAUAACAAUUCGCUACAACAAUAUAGAUACUUCAAUCAAUGCGUUUAACACAAAAACCAUACAAAAGAAGGGAGACAACAAGAUUUCUUGGUCAUUUAAUGAUAAUAGUAAAAGCGGCGAAUUCUUCCUUUAAAAUAGUCUAAACACUUUAACAUACUUUGCACUCUAUAUACUAAUUGCCUG